UAUAACUGGAAUGAUCUUUUAUUGAAAUGAAUAGUAAACGGAUACAAACAUUUUAAUCGUUUUUUUUUAAUUUAAUAAACAAAUCAAUCACAUCAAAAUCACUUUAUGUUAUCAUUAUUACUAUGAACAAAAUGUUAAAUAUGAAGCUACAUCCGUUUCAUAUGUUGUCUAAUCAAGAAACAACCAUUUGAAACAAUCAGAACACUUAACUAUAAUCAAGUAAUUAUUCAUAAUUUUUUUAUUUAUUACAAUAACCAUUAAUAUGUUCCUUCCUACAUUUUAACCCAAACAAACAAAAAUGGAAAGUGACAUGCAUAAUUUAAAUGGUAUAACUCAUGAAAAAAACAACAUAGAGAUUGAAAAAAAAGAUUACAAUGUAAAGAUUGAUAGAUAUAUACAGAUAACAUGUUCUUCUGAUUUUGCUUUUUUUAUCCUAUAAAUCAAUUUCAGAAAUCUGAUUGAAUAAUUUCCUUUUAACCAAUCAAAUAGAUAUCAUUUGUUAACUAGAGUUUAAAACCGAAAAAAAAACAAAAAUACAAACAAACAAAUAAGAAAACAAACAUAAUUUAUGUAAAGAAAAGUAAAUUUGUGUCAUAUUUUUUUUACUGAAAAAUAUUUUUGUUUAAAUUAACUUGACUAUUGAGAAAGUGUUUUUUUGUGUGUGAAAGAAACCAAAGAAAAACUAUAAACAAACAAACAUUUACACAAAAUGAUUAGUUAUAAAAUGAAAAUGAAAAUUUAUGUUUUAUCCAUAUCAUUAAAUUAAUGUUAUAUAUUUGUUAGAAAUAUGUCAUAUAAUAUUCAAAUGACUACAGUUUCUUCAUCUACAACUCAAUCAACUACAUUAAAUAAUUCUUAUCCUACUACUAUUACUACUACUACUACUUGUGGUACUACUACUACUAAUAAUAAUAAUAAUACUUAUAUGCCAACUACAAUAUCAAAUACGUUUCAAUCAUGUAUUCAAACUGAUUUAUCAGAUAAUCAUUAUCUAUUUGAUGUACAUAAAACAAAAGAUGAUUCUAUGAAUAAUAAAUUAUAUACAGUUGAUCAUUUAAUAAAAUCAACAUCAAUUAAAUCAAAAUCGAAACGUCUAGAAAAACAUGUUACAUUAUCUGAUGAAAUAUUAGAUGUAAAUUAUCCACCAUUUCUUCAACAUCAUUAUAUAAAAUCUAACGAUUAUUAUAAUAAAUUUAAUAUUGAUAAUUUAAAUAAUAAAAAUAAUAAAAAUUUAACUAAUAUAGAUCAUAAUUAUCCAUUAUCAAUUAAUCCAACUAUUCCACAUAUGUCAACGGAUAAAAUAAGUACAGCAAGUCUUGGAAGUAUGGUAAAAUAUUGUACAGAUAAUCAUGAUGAAUCUUCGACUACACUCAUUUUAUCACGUUUAGAAAAAUUAACACUUAAAGAUUUUGCAUCUGAAGUGAGAGCGAAUCUGGAUAUUGAUAUGUUUAUAAAAGAAGCAACUCUUUUAUUGGAUUUGGAUGGAUCCACCUUAGAGGAUAUAAUUAGUUCAAUGUUAGAAGCAGUUUUUAAUAAUCGUCCUAUUGUUGAUACAGCAACAUCAGCAACAACAAAUACAACAGCGAAUAUGACACCAAGUAGUCCUAGUUCUCCUGAUGACACCGAUUCAGUUCAAUGGUCAAGAACUUCAGCGACUACAACUAGUGGUUUUGGACCGAAAGUAAAUUUUUCAAUAACUGGAAAUUCAGAUAAAACUAAUUUAUCAAAACUGGAUAUUGAAAAUAUGAAACUUGAAGCUAAAAAUUCUCUUCUGAUGCAGAUUAAUUAUGAGGGAUAUACAUAUCAAAGGCUCGCAAAAACAAUUAAAGGAGUUUCACUGAGAGAUGGUGAUUGUUUGUCAACCGAUCAAAGUUGGAUUUGUGCCAUGUGUUCAUUAAGAUCAAUUCAUAAACGUUAUCUUGCUUUGGCACGAUUAAAUAAUCCAGUUAAUUUUGGCAGGUCAAGUGAAGGAACUUAUUUGAUUGUACUUAUAAUAACACCAACGAAAGAGAAAGGUACAAAAAGUGAAAUUGAAGUUGGUCGAACAUUUGGCACAAUUCUAUCUGAUCCAAUAUUUCGGCAAGAAUUAUUAUUUGCUACUGAUGAAAAAGAAGUAAAAUUACUAUUAUGGGAUAGAGCACAACAAUUGGCAGCGCAACAGUCAACUGAUAGACGUAGAUCAUCACAAUAUCUUGAUAUUAGAAAUCAAACUAUUGAUCUAAGUUCUCAGUCAAAGAUUGGCAAAGGAAUUUACUUAGAUCUAAAGCGUAAAAUUCCAUAUUAUUGGUCGGACAUAACUGAGGGCAUCUGUGGAAAAAAUACUAUGCGUAAAACAAUAUCAACCAUUAUAUUCCUAUACUUUGCUUGUCUACUUCCUUCAAUUGCAUUUGGAUUAUUGAAUUCCAAAAAUACUGAUAAAAAGAUGGAUGUUACACGUGUAAUAAUGGGUCAAACGAUAGGUGGAUUAUGUUAUGGAGUUUUUGGAGGUCAACCAUUACUUGUACUUUUAUCAACAGCUCCAUUGGCAUUAUACAUAAAAAUUAUUUAUACCAUAUCUGAAACAUAUUCCAUUAAUUUUUAUGCAAUGUAUGCAUGUAUUGGAUUGUUUAAUAGUUUAUUUUUAAUCAUUUAUUCUGUUUGUGGAUUUAGUCGUUGGAUGAAAUGGUCUACGAGAUCGACAGAAGAGAUAUUUGCUAUGUUUGUUUCAAUGGCAUUUUUAUACGAUGCUGGGAACGAUUUAUAUGCAACGUUUCAAGAAAAUUAUCAUUGUAAUUUAUUAACAAAUUAUUCAUUAGUAUCAAAUGAAACUUUGAAUAUUCAGGGAUUUCAUAUAAAUUUCAUUCAUUCAAAUUAUUCAUUUAAUAGAAUUUCUAUAGAAAAUUGUCCCGAAAUAUUACCAUCCAAAUCAUUCCCAUCUUCAUCUUCAUCAUCAACGUCCUCUACAUUGCCAUCAUUACCAUCACAACAUACAAAUAGAAAUAUUACAAUUAUCCAGUCAGGAUGUCAACGUGAAGUUGCACUAGUUUAUUUAGUUUUACUUCUAGGUACAGUAUGGAUUGCAUUGAAUCUUUUAAAUUUUACUAAAACACCAUUUCUAACUGCUACAAAACGGGAAAUAUUAACAGACUUUGCUUUACCUAUAGCAGUCAUUAGUAUGUCACUUGUUGGAUCCUUAAUAUUUGGUGACAUAAAAUUAAAACCAUUUGAAGUUGAACCAUCCGAUUUUAUGUUGAGCAAAGCCCCAUUGAACUUAUUAAGUUGGCCUGCCGUUCUCGGAUCUAUCGGUAUAGCUAUCCCAUUAUCACUAUUAUUUUAUAUGGAACAAAAUAUUGCCAGUGCUAUCCUGAAUUCCCCAUCUAAUAAGCUAAGAAAAGGACCAUCAAAUCAUUGGGAUUUGUUUGUCAUAGCACUUAUCAACAUUAUAUUAUCAAUAUUUUGUCUUCCAUGGGUUCAUGCAGCUUUACCUCAUACUCCACUACACGUGAAAGCCUUAGCGGAUAUGGAAGAGCAUGUUGACGGUGGACAUCAUAUUAAGCAAACUGUUAUUCGAGUACGUGAAACAAGAUUAACAUUAUUUAUUUCACAUGUACUCAUUGGAUUAUCAUUAGCGAUGAUACCUUAUCCAUUGAUCUAUAUACCUCCACCUGUAUUAAAUGGUCUAUUUAUUUAUAUGGCUAUAACAGCUUUACAAGGCAAUCAAAUGUUUGAAAGAAUAUUACUUUUUAUUACAGAACAAUCGGCUUAUCCACCAUCACACUACAUAAGACGUGUACCACAAAGAAAACUCCAUUUAUUCACAUUUUUUCAGUUAAUACAAUUGGGAUUUCUAUGUGCAUUUGGAUUCGCACCUAGUCCAUAUGUGAAAUUAAUAUUUCCUGUAAUACUUGUUGUACAAAUAGUUGUAAGACAUACACUUAUUCCUAAAGCUAUUGAUUCUAAAUAUCUUGAGGCUCUGGAUCGUCAUUUUUAAUUCAAAAUAAAUAAAUAAAUAAAUUUAAUUAGUAUUUCAAUUGAUAAUCUAUUAUCAUUAUUUAUAUUAGAAUUACUAUCUUCAUUAUUUCUAUUGUCACUUCUAUCAGUAUUGUGAAAUAAUCUUAAUGAAUAUUAUAAAAAGAAUCAAUGUUUCAUUAGAUACAAUUAUUAUACAUAAUUCUAUAAAAUAAAGAGAGUAUCUGUAAUUUUUUUAUGGUUAUUAAAUUAAAUUCACUGUAUUAUUAUUGUUAUUUUCUUGUAUUUAAGGUUAUUAUUCAAUAAUAAGAUUUGAUAGUAACUAUGUAUGUUAAAACAUGUAUCUUGAUUAAAUUCAAUAAUUAUUGAUUUAUUGAAUUAUUUAUUCUAAUCUUGUUUUCUAUUCAUUCAUAUUCAAUUACAAAACAUUUUUUUGCAUUUUUUUUCAUUGAUUAAAGAAAAUAAAUUAAACAUUGAAUGGUAGAGUUUUCGUUUUAUUGUAAAGAUAAAAUAAUUAAUGUAGAAUAUUUUAUUGUAAUAUAAAGAAAUAAUUAUACAAUGGUUGUUUAUUUUCAUUAAUUGUAUAUCUAAAGUUGAAUUGUAUAGUAAACUACAUAUUUAAAUAGAAUAAAUUCCAUAAAUACAUAUACAUAUAUUUUUUUAAAAUAUUAAUCAUCUUCUCACUGAAGACUGAAACUUCAAGAAAUUCAUAAAACGUUUUCCGAUAAUAA